AAAACCGUAUAACUACAUAUGCAGGUGUGGUGGCAUUUUUCAAGACCCUACAAGUACAAUAAAUACAAUUCGAAAUAGACAAGUGAGAAAAGAAAAAAAAGACGAAAAAAGGAAAAUAGUUCACUUUCUCAGAUAUGGUAGACUACGAAGUCGGCACGGCAACCCACGUCGGUAGCCAUGUUAGUCAGCUAUUGCGGACUAUUGGAAAUUGGAGUAGACCCAGUGGUCACGGUCUCUACAUGUUCCGCUCCAUGUUUGUAGCAUCCUCAACAGCGGCACUACUUGGCUUAGCCACCGCCGCAGCAUCGGGUAUCCUCACCGGAGGCGGUGGCCUAGGCUUCCUCCUAGGGUCAUGUGUCGGCUUCGUGGGUGGCUCGAUACACUACUACCAGCAGUGUCUACGCCAGGCUUUAGCUUCCCUGGAUGAGCACCCGAGCCUGAUGCAACUGCACCUGGCCUACAACUUCCCCUGGCAGGGCUAUCAGCACCUGCGGAAGAGCCAGCUACGUUCCAAGCAGUGGUGGAGGACCUCGUUUGCGCGCCAGGGAAACCUGAUUGCCGCCUGGAUGAGUGCUUCAGCUGCCCUCGACGAGAUUCACGAUCGCAAGACGGCGCUGAUCCUCGAAGCUAUCGUUAAAAAGGAGGCGUCUAAGGGAUCGAUCGAGGAGAAGGAGGAUUAGAUCGGUAGAUUUUCUACGUUAUGCAGACAGAAUCAUGCCGGCUACAGGGACGUAUUAAUCAGCGUAAUACACUGCACUUUUAUCUACAGCA